AUGGGACCUGUUGGCCUGAAAGGGCCCAAUGUUACCGCGGCGUUUGCUCGUCAGCGGGUGGCUGCCAUGUCCCGGUCCACUCGAUCUAUCUCGACCUUCCGGUCCCAAUCGCUUCGCUUCCCCGCCAACCGGGGACAAUUUAAGUCGGCACUGUCCGGAAAUGCCCCCUGGCGCAUGGCACCGGCCGCCAUCGGUCCGGCCGCAAUUCGUUUCAACUCUACGUCCUCGAACCAACCACCCACCGAAAUCGCCGAUAAGGCAACAAAUUCCGAAUGGUCAAAUACAUCAGACCUUUUUGACAUCACAACCAUUCCCGAGCGCAUUGGAUAUCUCAAGGAGCUUGGACUGGAUUACGGCUGGGGCCCUUCGUCCAUGAUUCAAUGGCUGAUCGAACACGUGCACAUCUGGACAGGCAUGCCCUGGUGGGCUAGUAUCGUGGCUGCUGGUGUCAUUACCCGUCUACUUCUGUUGAAGCCAGUCAUGGAUGCCGCUAGUAUGGGAGCCAAGAUGAGGAACGUCAAGGAAGAGACCGACCCAAUUCGCACGAGAAUGGUCGAGGGAACGCGCAACGGUAACCAGCAAGAUGCUCAGAUGGCAAGGGCUGAGUUGUCUGAGAUUCACAAGCGGGAGGGAAUUGUCGCAUGGAAGUCGUUCGUUCCCAUGGCGCAAAUCCCGCUUGGUUAUGGUACCUUCCGUGUCGUGCGAGGAAUGACUAGUUUACCCGUACCCGCUGUGGCCUCUGAAUCUGUCGCCUGGAUUAAUGACCUCACUAUUGCUGAUCCGACAUAUUUGCUGCCGGUCAUGUCUGCGGCCAUGCUGAUGGUGGUUCUCAAGAAAGGAGGAGAAGCUGGCACAAUGCCCGUCUUGAACUCGUCUGCAGGAAAGGCCCUAAUCUACGGCCUUCCUACCGUUUCUUUUGUUUUCAUGGCUUUCAUGCCUUCCGCCUUACAGCUUUACUUCGUCGUAACCGGUGCAUGGGGUCUUGGCCAAACGUACCUCAUCAACUCGGAAAAAUUCCGGCAAUGGAUGGACAUGACAAUGGUCAACAAGACAGACGCUGGAAUGAAGCACCUGUCUAACCUCACCAAGAAUACCCACAGCAAGGGCCUUCGUCUUCUGAUGGAACGGAUUGAGUUGGAAAAAGCCGAACGCGAAAAGGCGCGUGCCCAAGGCUUCCACCUCCCCGAGAAGGAUAAUGGUGACAGGGCCCCGGGAAAGGUCAGUCUCGUUGACCGCUGGGUGGCCAAUGCCAAGGAAGCUGGUAAGGGUAUGGCAAAGGAUAUCCAGGAGAAACUGAACACCAGUCCCACGAAACAAACGGGUCGCCUCACUGCCGAAGAACAAAAGCGGGCGAUGGAAUAUGAGACUCAGCGAAGUGUUGAGGAGAAGGCUAUCCGUGACGAGCGUAACCAGGCUCGCAGAAAGGAGCACAUUACGAGACUCCGGGACGAGAUGACGAAGGCAAAAGACUCUUCGAAGCGCAAUUAA